GGGCUGUGCAAGAUGGCGUCGGGGCCGUCUCGCACCGCGGCUGAGGAGUACCGGCCCAACCGCUACGUUUCGUUGCCGGCCGAGCUCGAUCCUGCCACUUAUGACACGUCGCUGGAGAAGCGCCGUGCCGAGGCCGAGCGCUUGGCCAUCCGCGCCCGGCUCAAGCGACAGUACCUGCUGCAGCUGAACAACCCGAAGCCGCCGGCCGUCAUCGAAGAUCCUGCCUUGCUCCGCUGGGACUAUGCCAGGACGCACAACGUGUACCCCACUUUCCGCCCGACACCCAAGACGUCCUUCCUAGGAGCUGUGUUUGCAAUAGGCCCCAUCCUCUUCUGGAUAGCCGCCUUUAAAACUGAGAGGGAUUAUAAAGAGAAGCUUAUCCGAGAAGAACUGCUUCUAAAAGGUUACUGCAAACGAUGCUACAAAAUACAGCUGUGGGUCAUUGCAAGAGAAGAGGCAUCAAUGCAUGGAGAAUGUGAUACGCAGGGAAAGAAAUAAUUGCUUGUCUGAGCAUGCUAAAUUAACUAUCUUCCUGCUGCCACAAACUAAUUUGAUCUCCCAGGACUCAUUUCCUCAGCUAAUUGGAACUUCAGUCGCCACACAUGUAAAUUCUGCCUUGCAGCUGUAUUGUUUUAGGCUAGUUGAACAAAUUGCUCAAGAUGGGUUGGGAGCAGCACCUCUGGUCUUCUAGGCAGGCCUUCGACUGGCUCAGUGCACCUGCUGCAGCUGUGCCUUUGCAGACAGGAGUGUCUGAUGCCACAUCCCUGUGGGUUUGAGCAUGGUGCUUGGAGGAAGGCUGCCCUAUUUUUCUCUUGCGCUACUUGCAGAACUCCCCAGGCUGUUUUUUUGUGAGGAACGGGCAUGCGUUGCUGGAGGUGAGGUUGGUAGUUUGAAGCAGUGGUGCUGGGUGAGCAGGGGAAGGAGCUUUUCCCUUCAGAAAUGAAGAGAGAAGACAAGGGUAAGUGUGCCUGAUGGAAUUUUACCCUUGACUGACGUGUAACCACUCAUUUCUGCUUCAGUGAUAAUUCUGUAGCAAGAGAAACCCGAGCCUGCAGGUAAUUGGAUCAUAAUUUAUGUCCCAAAUAUAAAACAAGCUUUUCCUCUCAGCCUGUGAAACAUUUAGACCUCAUUUAUCCCUGGAUCAGUCUGAUUAAGUCAAUUUUUUCUGACAAAUGGAGCCUCCUGAUCGUCAUCUUCUGAGUUGGCUAUUUUAAGGUAAACAUCUCCCUGUAGAUUAUAUAAUGUAGUGCUUUGCUCCAAGCUGAUGUUUUUCUUCCCUGAAGGAUCUGGUGGAGAUCCAAGUCUGAUGAUGUGUGUAACUGACUGAAGUUAGGCGUUGCAGCUCUGCAUUUCCUUCUCCUUUGGGAAAUGGAAGAUUACUCCUCUGGAGAAGUAGGAAGCACAGAUCCUCCUGGUACCAAACUUAGGAACAGUUUCGCAUCCUAGACUGAAACACAUACCCAAUCAAGUUCUCAAGGGCUCGGUGAGAGAAAUCAGUUCCCUCCGAAGAUGAAAUGAGCGUGGAUGAUAAGCAAACUAGUUCAGGAUCUGAGAGGCAAAUUGCUUGGUAGCAACAUUUAGUACUACCUGUCUGACUAAAUUUGACACUUCCAAAUGCUGUUUUGAUACAACAAAGAGCACAUGUGCUAAAGCAGAGGCCUGAAGGUUGGUUGUGCAUCUCAUUCCUACCGUACUUGUUUGGGGUUUUCUCUUCUGCCUGCACCCUGUGGAACAGGAGAGUGGCUCAAACUCACCACCUUGGGGUGAGGCUCGAGUACUCCUGUGGUUUUUGAGGUUCUUCAUAAAAGAGACCUCAUCAAUUGUUGACAAAGAAGUCAGUGUUGAUGGAUGGCUAAAAUAAGAUUGAAAAGGAAACUUUCCCUCAAUUAA